AUGCUUUCAUAAACUAUAUCAAGAAUUCCUCCAUAAAUCUAUGUAACUCCUAAAUAUAAUGAACAUUUAACAGCUAAUAAUACUCAAGACGAUAUCAUUAAAACACAUAGAAGAAUUUAUAGUUAUCAAUCAAAAUCUCAAUUAUCAAUUCAUAAUUUUUAAUUGUGUUAAUAAAUUGGAUAAGGUCAAUUUAGUAAAGUUUUUCUAGUCAAGUAUCAUUUAAUUUUAUGUAGAAAUUCUGAAAGAUUUUAUGCUUUAAAGUUGUUAGAUAAAUAAUGGAUUAAGAAAUUUAAUCUAAAUUUAUAAGUCUAAAGAGAAGUUGAUAUUCAAUCUAAACUUAAACAUAGAAAUAUUGUUGAACUCAUUAACAAUUUCUAAGAUAAUGAUAAAAUAUAUCUAAUAACUGAGUACUGUGAAAAAGGUAGCUUGUACUAAAAAUAAUUCACAAAAUCUAAAAUUAAAGAGAUUAUUAAAUAGAUUCUUACUGCUAUUUAAUAUAUCCAUUAAAUGGGUUUUAUUCAUAGAGAUAUCAAGCCUGAAAAUAUUUAUUUAACCUAAGAUGAUAUUGUUAAAAUUGGAGAUUUUGGUUGCUCUAAUUAAAAAAGGAGAAGAAGAAAAACUUUUUGUGGAACUCCUGAUUAUAUGUCUCCAGAAAUAAUUUUAUGUUCAAAUAAUUCACAUUAUUGUGCAGGAUAUGAUGAAAAGGUUGAUAUUUGGGCAAUAGGUAUAUUACUUUUUGAAUUAUAUAAUAAUACGGUGCCAUUUCGAGAUAAUAAUCGAAAUAAAUAAUAAGAUAGAAUAUGUAGGGAAUAAAUUGUAUUCAAAAAGGAUGAUGAUCCCUAGUUUAUUGAUUUCAUACAGAAAUGUCUUUAGAAAGAUCCAAAUUUAAGAGCUAAUUUAUAUUAAUUACUUUAGCAUCCUUUUUUACAAUUUUGA